AGGGAGCGGGCACGGCGCUGCUGCUGCUGCUGCUGGUAGAGGAGCGCUCACUGAUGACCAUAUAUGGUCACAGCCACAGGGAGACAUCGCCGCGGUGUCAGCUAGUCCUCGGCUUCCGGGUUUGAAUCGCGGGGCGGCUGCAGCAGCCGGGAGACAGGAGGCUGAGAGCAGUGACCGCGCCGCCGGGCUCCGCGCACACACACCGGGGGCAAGAUGCCGUACGAGAUCAAAAAAGUCUUUGCCUGCCUUCCUCAGAUGGAAAGAGGAGUGACGAAAGUCCUUGGAGGAGACCCAAAGGGCAACAACUUCCUGUACACCAAUGGGAAAUGUGUUAUCAUCCGGAAUAUAGAGAACCCGGCUAUCGCAGAUGUCUACACAGAGCAUACUCACCAGGCUGUUGUUGCCAAAUACGCUCCCAGUGGAUUCUACAUUGCAUCUGGAGAUAUCACCGGGAAGGUGAGGAUCUGGGACACUACGCAGAAGGAGCACCUGCUGAAGUAUGAAUAUCAGCCAUUUGCAGGGAAGGUUAAAGACAUAUCUUGGACAGAAGACAGCAAGAGAGUCGCGGUGGUUGGAGAAGGAAGAGACACUUACGGUGCAGUUUUUCUUUGGGAUACUGGCUCCUCAGUUGGGGAAAUUAUUGGGCACAACAAAGUGAUCAACUCUGUGGACCUGAAACAGACACGGCCAUAUCGCCUGAUAACGGGCAGCGAUGACAGCUGCGCUGCUUUCUUCGAGGGACCACCUUUCAAGUUCAAGUUUACAAUUAGUGACCACAACCGAUUUGUGAACUGCGUUCGCUUUUCGCCUGAUGGCAACAGGUUUGCGACAGCGAGUGCUGAUGGUCAGAUUUUCCUAUAUGAUGGAAAAACUGGCGAAAAAAUCGCCUUGCUUGGAGGAGGAAACGCCCAUGCCGGAGGAGUUUACGCUAUUAGCUGGAGUGCUGACAGCACCCAUCUUCUUUCUGCUUCUGGGGACAAAACUGCAAAAAUCUGGGAUGUGGCGGCCAACUCAGCAGUCACCACGUUUAACCUGGGAAUGGAUACGCUGGAUCAGCAACUGGGAUGCUUGUGGCAGAAGGAUUACUUGCUGAGUGUUUCUCUGUCUGGUUACAUCAAUUAUUUGGACAAGAAUAAUCCAGACAGACCUCUACGUGUGGUCAAGGGACACAGCAAGUCAAUCCAGUGCCUGACCGUCCACAAUAAUGAUGGCCGAUCCACCAUUUAUUCUGGCAGCCAUGAUGGACAUAUCAAUUAUUUUGAUGCUGACACGGGGGAGAAUGACACCUUCAGUGGGAAAGGCCACACAAACCAGGUAUCCAGUAUGGCCUUAGACUGCUCUAACCAGCUGGUCACUUGCAGCAUGGAUGACACUGUACGAUACACUAAUGUCACUGCCGGAGUCUACAGUCCUCAGGAUGCCGUGAAGUUGGAUGUCCAGCCAAAGAGCAUCGCUGUUGACUCUAACGGAUACGCUGUGACAAUCUGCAUUGGCCAGAUUGUCCUGCUGAAAGACAAGAAAAAGGUUUUUGUAUUUGAUUCUCUUGACUACGAGCCCGAGGUGGUUGCAAUUCACAAAGGCUCUGCAACUGUGGCUGUUGGAGGAGCGGACGGCAACAUCCAUCUGUAUUCCAUUCAAGGCAACACCCUGAAGGAUGAGGGGAAAUCCCUGCCUGUCAAUGCCGUGGUCACCAGCCUCGCCUAUUCCAACGAUGGGGCCUUUCUAGCUGCUACCGAUGUGAACAGAGGGGUCACCGUCUUCGAUGUUGCCGAUGGAUAUGCUACCUCUGAGAAUUACCGCUUCUAUGGACACCAUGCAAAAGUGGUCUGUGUGGCCUGGUCCCCUGACAAUGAGCACUUUGCCACCGGCGGGAUGGAUAUGAUGGUUAUCGUUUGGACGUUGAGCGAUUCAGAUAAACGUCUUAAAAUGCCAGAUACCCAUCGGCUACACCACGUGAGCGGGUUGGCUUGGUUGGAUGAGCACACGUUGGCUACCGUGUCCCAUGAUGCUUGUGUCAAACAGUGGACAAUCACCUACAAAUGAGGACGGAUCAUGUAACAGCACGUGAUGGCAAUUGGAAAUUCUAUUAAAAUAUAUAUAUAUUUCUGUUAUAUGCUCCGUGGUUAUGAGCCACAUUCUCACCAGACGUGGUGGUGUCUCUCUCUUUUCUCUCUCUAACACAUGUACUUUUAAAAGCUUUAGUCAGUGACCGCUUGCAGGUAAAUAGCUCUCACCUACCCGAUUGUUGUGAUCUACAUUCCAGAGGCAUCAGCCAAAUACUGUAGCACUCGCAGGAGAAGGUUGCAGACGGAUGGAGAGACUGUAUGUGUGCGUGCUCUGUAACCGCAUGAGAGAGUACAGACUUCUGUUUUUGGUUGUAUUUUCUAUUACGGGACAUCACUGUAUCUGCUGUCAUGGUGACACAAAUUGUGAUCUAUUUUUAAAAAUCCUGGUGUGCAGCUACUGUGUCUUGUUGCUCUGCUUGUCCAUAAAACUGUUGCCUCAAACGAAGAAAAAAGUAAAUAAAUAAAAAUAAAAUCCUCCAUUGAUGAAUGGGGUAGACGAGGAAAAAAAAAGAAAAAUAAAAACAAUUUUUAUGUA